AAAUUUUUAAAAUUAUAAAUUUGUUGUCUUAAGAUGUCAUUUAAUAUUAACAAGUACAAUCGAUCCAGGACCGAAAAGAGGAUGCGAGAGCAAGUGAAAAUGGAAAUCAUAAAUAAGAUGAAACAGUGCAAAAACUCUUCUUAUAAGUGCAGUUUACCCUGUUUGGAUGAAUAUGACUACUGUCAAAUGCAUAUAUUAAACGAUCCAAGUAGCUUUUAUGCACAAUGUACUUACUUAUAUAAAAAAAGGAGACGGUGUCCAAAUCCAGUGCUUCUUCAACCAGUACUUAAAGCUCCAGGCCCCACAACGUUCUGCUUUGAGCACACACUUAAGGAACAACGUAAAAAGCGUCAUAUUAAAUUUGGGAAGUUUUGUCGUCCGGAAAAUAAUGAAAUUUUACUGAGCAACUUAUCACAUCAUAUCGAACGUCUCCUUAUUAACGAUGAGAACGAUGGUGAUCUUAAGAAUAAACAACGUCAUAUAUUGGAUUAUGCAUCGGACAGUUCUGGAGAAGAAAGUGCUCCUUGUCUUGAAGAUAUUGCAGACUUUAAUUUAGACAAUUCAGAUGAUGAGGAUUCUCUUUCAUUGCAAAAGGAUGAUGUUUUAAGUAAUGCAAAUAUUUUUAGUAGGGAGGAAGUCUUGCGAAUAUCGGCUAACAAAAUGGCUCGCUUAAGAGAUUUAUAUGUUGGUCAAAUAAAGCAUUUAGAUCGAAAAUUGAAUGAACUUUCCAAAGACAAAUGUUUUGAAAAAAAAGAUCUUGCAAACAUAAAAAAUAUGGCUAAAACAUCACCGGUGGAAAUGGAAUACUAUAAAAAGUUUAAAGCUCUCACACACUACCAUUGUCCUCGUGGCCUUGAUGCUUUAUUCACUGAAAGACGAAAGGAAAAGGAACGCAUUGCUAAGGGUGUGAAAUUGACGAAUGAAGAAUCCAUGAAAUGUGUUCACAUUAGUCAGAACAAAAGGUGUGAACAUCCAUCUUUACCUGCUACCAAAUAUUGCCGAGAACACAUCUUAGAGGAUUCGACUCAAAUACUAUUUCGUGCAUGUGGAAUGAUAAGUAGUGGUAUAUCUUGCAAUGAACCUGUUCUCAACGUUGAGCACUCAGUUUGUUCCUUGCACCAGACAAUGGACAAAAUUCACAAUUAUACUAUUUAACCAGGCGAUAUCAAGCUAUUGUAUAUUGAUAUCACGUUGCCGAAAUAUGGGGAUAUGGAUAUGUUUACAAGUAAAUAUUCGUUUUGAGUUAUGACAGUUUUAUUGACAAGCAAUUUAUGUGCAUUGAAUUUAAGAUAAUAAAAUGUUAAAACCAACAGACUUCAUUUCUAUUGUUAGAUCGAAAGUAUUAUAUUGACGAUUCUAAUGCAAGAAG